AUGUCAUCGCUACAACGAGAGAUUCUGCGAUCGAAGCUGCCGCCCGUACCACCCGGCGGGAACGGUCCGCCACCCACCCGGAGAGGUCGCAAAGACUACAGCCCGGUGAAAUGGAGUCAGUACUUUGAGGAAAUACGCGAAAUUCCUGUUGACGGAGGCGACGUCUUCACGGUCUACAGAUGCCAAUCUGCUGAUUACAAGCCCGAGAACCCGGUGCUGAUACUCCUCCACGGUGCCGGCUAUAGUGGAUUGACGUGGUCCUGUUUCGCGAUGGAGAUCGUCAAAAUGGCCAAGUGCGGUGUGAUAGCCAUAGACCUCCGAGGUCACGGGGAAAGCCACAGCCAGAACGAGGAAGAUCUCUCCGCGGAAACGAUGGCUCGGGAUGUGGGACAAAUAUACAAAUCAUUGUUCCCUGAUCAAGAGACACAGCCACCAGCAAUCCUGAUAGGUCACAGCAUGGGAGGAGCCUUGGCCGUGCAUGUGGCCGCGCGGGAAUUGAUUCCGGUCAUAGCGGGGCUUGUUGUCAUUGAUGUCGUAGAAGGAACGGCCAUGGACGCUCUACAGAGCAUGCAGAACGUUCUGAGAUGUCGCCCGAAGACGUUCAAUAGCCUCGAAUACGCGGUCGAAUGGUCCUGCAGGUCAGGCCAGACCAGGAACAUUGAAUCAGCGAAGGUUUCGAUGCCCGCAAUGCUCAAACGGAUUUCUGACGGAGUACCCGCAACGAAGCUCAUUGGUCAAAGCGAGAGUCAAGACGAAGCCCCAAAACCUGCCGCUUCCGGGGCGAGCGACACCGGAAUCCCGGAAGACGAGGAAGCAGAGUUUGAGAAACCCGAACCACCUCAGGCACAACGGGGCUUCACAUGGCGGAUAGAUUUGUCGCUCUCCGAACCUUUCUGGGAAGGUUGGUUCAAAGGACUUUCCGCGACGUUUCUGCGGUGUUCGGGUCCCAAACUCCUGCUGUUAGCGGGCAUCGAUCGGCUCGACAAAGAUCUGACUAUCGGACAAAUGCAGGGCAAGUUCCAGACACAGGUUCUGCCAAAGGUGGGCCAUGCCGUCCAUGAAGAUGCUCCCGAUAAGGUUGCUGAAACUAUUGCCGCAUUUCUGGUCCGGAACCAGCUCUGUGAGAAAAUAGGAGACUUCACGCCGCCAUCCGCGGGCUGUUGAGAAAUCCAUAGCGAAUCAUUACACCGUGUGUGCUGGAUGCAGUGGAUCAUCCAAGACCCAUAUCAAAAGAUGAAGCUCCGGGUCCCUCCGAGUUGGAUUCAUGCGUUAUGAUUCGAUGUCAUUGUAAAUGAGACUGCUCGAUGAACAAAAAUAAAAUUGGUCGCGUUAAGAAUCGACGGAGGCCCAAGAAAGAGUACCCGGGCUCGAAAUCCUCACGCGUUUUUUCA